AUGUAAUUAUCCUUUUCUCCUCUCUCUUAUAAAUGCACUCUUUUCCCUCACAAAUUUUCUCUUGUCCAAUUAAAUUAACAAUUCGCCACCUUAAACAACGGAGAAAGACAUUAUCUGCUGCCUCCUUAUAUGUAGCUUUCCUAGUCACUUCAAACUAUCAUCCAACACAUAUCAAACUCUUCCUUGUGAAUUCCUAGCAUACGUUUUCGUGUUAAGAUGCAGAUACACCAAACUGCAGCCCCAGUUUCCUCCUCAUUCAAUGUAAAAUCAUCGAAUCAUCAGAUCAUUCAAAUCUUCGUCCGUUUGUUUUGCGGAAAAACACUGGCUAUACAAGUCUAUCCAACUGACACAGUGGAAGUAAUUCACGACAAACUCCUAUUGAUAACUGGAAUUCCUAUAUCUGACCAGAGGUUAAUCUACGGAGGUAAACAGCUUCAGUUAGAUCAAACGGUAUCCCAUUAUGGAAUUGAAAAGGCAUCAGAGUUGCAACUCGUUGGUCGAUUGAGGAGCACAAUGUAUCCUCAGACAUGGAAGCUAAUGAAUGACUUAUACUCACUAAUUUUUGAUUUCUGCAAACCCGAGCAUGGUUUGUUUCAAUCGGACGUGGAUCAUAUAAUGAGCGUGUUUUCGGAAUUUCUGAGUAGGACUCCUGGUGAUUUUGAUCUAGCUUCUGAGUAUCUCGAAAUAUUUAUCUACUCUUCUGUUCCAAAAGCUCUGGUAAAGCUUUAUACGUCUCGGAAAAUUGUUGCUGAUAAAUGCAUUUAUGAAAUUAUCGGUUCAUAUAUGACCAAGUCUGUUACAUCAAUACACAGUAGAUAUUCUAUCUAUAUCACAGUGUUAAAAUUUUGUAAGAUUUUGGGAAAGGAGGUAGAGUUUGAAGAUAAUUUGUAUAUUUUUUGUCGGAGUAGUUUAGGCACUAUUAUACAGCGCCUAGGGAUCGCGAGUUGCAAGGCUGAUACAAAGGAGUUAGCAUCGUUGCAGGAUGUUUUCCCCUUUGUUUACCAGAUAGCUGCUCAGUUGUACGUUGAAUUAGAAUCGAUUAUGAAGUCAACUGAUUCUUCAUUAUCUGUUAGCCUUGUGGAUCAUUUUACUGCAUUUAUGCUUCCAGUGCGGACUGUCAUACAGUUGCAAGUACUGUUUGACGUUCCAAUAACUUUUCCGCUGAUGAAGGAUGAAACCGGUGAAGCACAGUAUUACAGAGAGAGUAUUGAAUGGCUGCAUAAAUUUUUCUAUGGUUUGCUAGAAAAAAUAGUGUUGUCUUUAAAGAUUUUGGAAGGCCGGUGGGGUUUGAAAGAAGGAGGAGAAGACAGGCAAGCUGUACAGACCUGGUGGUCUUUGUAUCUUAAAAUUCUAAAGGAGUUAAAUAGUAUAUCAAAACUGUAUACCGGCCUGGAGAAUGUAUUUUGGCAGAAGACAAGGGAAGUGAAGGUUUCGUUGUCUUUUCUGAUAGUUAAGUUCGCAACUAAAUCAGAAGAUCACGGGUGGCUUAUUGAACACAAAGAGGUAACAAAUUUUAAGGCACGGAGGCAGUUGUCAAUGAUGAUGCUUCCACAAGUUGGAUACAAUAAGAUGUUCCACAUGCUCAUUGACAGGUCCCGAUUGCUGGAAGAAUCGUUCAAGUACAUUGGAAAUGCCUCUCCUGUAAAUCUGCGUGGCAAAUUGUUUAUGGAAUUCAAACAUGAAGUAGCUACUGGACCUGGUGUGUUGAAGGAGUGGUUUUUAUUGGUAGGCCAAGCGAUCUUCAACCCUCAGAACGCUCUCUUUGUUGCUUGUCCAAACCAUCCUAGAAGGUUUUUCCCAAAUCUAGCAUCUAAGGUGAAUCCAUUACACCUAAAGUAUUUUUGCUUCUCUGGUAGGAUGAUUGCAUUGGCUUUAAUGCGUAAAGUACAAAUUGGUGUUGUGUUUGAUCGCACCUUCUUCUUGCAAUUGGCUGGGAAAAACAUAUCAUUGGAAGACGUUAGGGAUACAGAUCCAUACUUGUACAAUAGCUGCAAACUGAUACUGGAUAUGGAUCCAGAGAUGGUGGAUCAAGAUAAUCUAGGGUUGAGGUUCUUUUGUGAAGUUGAUCAGUCGCUGGGAUCCAGGAAAGGGAUUGAGCUUUGUCCCAACGGGAAAGAUACUGUCGUGGACAGUAAGAAUCGGGAGACAUAUGUUAAUCUUCUUAUUGAACAUCAUUUUGUAACAUCAAUUGCAGAGCAGGUCGCAUCUUUUGUUAAAGGUUUUGAUGAUAUUACAACCACAUCAAGUCGCCUGUCCUUUUUCCAGUACCUAAAUCCUGAGGAUCUCGACUUAAUGCUUGAUGGCUAUGGAAAUGAUAUUUCUGUGGAAGAUUGGAAAGCACAUACUAAUUACCAUGGCUACAAAAGAAGUGAUUGUCAAAUAUCCUGGUUCUGGAAGAUAGUUGAGUCUAUGUCUGUUGAGCAGAGAAAGGUGCUCCUUUUCUUCUGGACUUCAAUUAAGUCUCUGCCUCUAAAUGGUUUUGGUGGUUUGGACUCGAAACUUUACAUCUGUAAAAACUCAAAGCCAUAUGAUCACUUACCUUCUUCACAAACUUGCUUCUACAGCAUGUACUUUCCUCCUUAUAAAUCCAAGUCUAUCAUGCAAGAUCGACUCCGUAUAAUCACCCAAGAACAUGUUGGUUGCAGCUUUGGUGCCUCGUGAUCAGAGGCAUAUUCAAGAUUUGAAGCUUAUGGAUUCUUAUUGUGCUAGCUAUCUCAAAUUAAUAUAGAAUGAUUAUUGAGUUCACAAUCAAAUAUCUCAUAGAUGUUUAGUGAAUUUUUUGUUACAUUACAUGGUUCGUGCAAAAGCUACUGGUUCUUGCUUUUGGAGAACUUUCUUCACUUAUGUUAUCUUCGAAGAGUGAAUUUUGAUUGACUUGGUGUUUA